AUUGGGCCACGCAGUGGCCGCACCGCCUCCAAGCGCCGCCUGCGGACAAAGAAGGGGAUAACGGGACUGUUGUCGCCGGCCGCCCCAGCCACGCAUCAUGCCCUACCUGCUCAUUAGCACCCAGAUCCGCAUGGAGGUGGGCCCCACCCUGGUGGGGGAUGAGCAUUCGGAUCCAGAGCUGAUGCAGCACCUGGGGGCCUCGAAGAGAAGUGUCCUGGGGAACAACUUUUAUGAAUACUAUGUCAACGACCCUCCUCGAAUAGUCCUGGACAAGCUGGAACUCAGGGGCUUCCGUGUGUUGAGCAUGACGGGGGUGGGUCAGACGCUGGUGUGGUGCCUGCACAAGGAGUGACCUGGCUGAGCCGUGGACAGGGCACCUCUUCUUUGGAGGACCUAGCAUGUGCCCUGACCCCCGAUCCUUGCAACACUGUCUACCCUGCCAUCUCUUUCCAAAUCGUCAACUUCCUUGUGCAACCCUGAUGGGCUGUACAGCUGAGGAACCUGAUCCAGCUGGCUGGGCACAGCGGGCCCUUGCCCUGGUGCUUUCAGCACACCCCCCCAGGUCUGACCUUGGCUCUGGCAGGCUACCCAGAGGACGCACCCUGGAUCCUGCACAGGUAGUCCAAGCCAAUUAAAGGCUCUCAUGAGUGGAUGUCCCUCA